AUGGCUCGCGAGGUUUGCGUUUAUAUCGAACCCAUUCAGCGAGUGAGAUGCGACCCAAGAAACUCGAAGAGGAUAAAACCGAUGCGAGAGCGAGCGAGAGGUAACACGCUACUGCUCAGCGACCGUAGCGACUGCAUUGCUCCCGCGGUGAGCCAGGCCGAGAAGGUGGGCGUGGCCAUCAUAGGAGGGGGCGUGUCCGGACUGACGGCGGCCAAAACACUGCUGGAAAACAACGUAACAGAUUUGCUCAUUCUGGAGGCCAAGGAGAGGCUGGGUGGGCGUGUCUUCACCGUCAGGGAAGGAGACAUCGUGGUAGAGGCGGGCGCGGAAUGGAUUCACGGUGACGAGAGGAACCCUUUAUAUAGGCUGGCGCAGGAGUUGAAUGCAGUCGCCCCGCCCCCUCCCGAGGUAUGGGAUUUCUGGACGGUCUCACAAGAGGGCAAACAAAUGGCUGAAGACAAAUACCUUGUAGUUCAUGAGCUGUUGUCUGAAGUUGGUGACAAUGCGUCCUCCUUGGCUGCUUAUCGGGGUCUUGGUCUCGGUGCGUUGUUUGCAGAUAGGUACAAGAGUUUUUACGGAGAGGAAUCGACUGAGGAGUGGAAAGGUUGGCUACAUUACUUAAACAAGAUCGUCAACAAUAACUUAGGGUGCAACGACUGGACGACUCCCGAAGUGACGACCACGGGCACCUUCGCGGAAUACGGCGACGACAACCAGUGGGCGGCCGGUUACGACACUCUACUCGCCCACCUCAAGGCUAGUAUCCCCGAUGAGCACAUACGUCUUUCGAGUCCCGUCUGCCGCAUCUUUUGGGACGAAAACCAGGAAGGAAAACUAGAAAACGGGCAAGUUCUUAUCGUCAGCAAGAACGGUUCCUCCUGGCUGGCGGACCACGUUAUCGUCACCGCGUCUUUUGGUCACCUCCAAGAACGACACGGGCAGUUAUUCUCACCGCCGUUGCCGAAGGACUACGUGAACGCCUUGGAGGGCAUGGAGCUGGGCGUGGCCAACAAGUUGCAGAUGGGGUGGGAGGAGCCUUGGUGGGGCUCGGAGCCGCUCAACCUCAACAUCGUUUGGACCAAGUUCGACCUGCCGGAGGAAAAGUCUUGGUUGUACGACAUCGUUAUGGUGUUCAGUGUCAUCCGCAGUCCUCAGGCCGUCGUUGAAAGCUUUUUGACCGGAAAGGCUUCAGAAAUCAUGGAAAGCCUUUCGGAGGAACAAGUCAAGGACCAUUAUCUGGAGCUCCUGAGGAACGCCACGAAGAUGCAAGUUCCAGAGCCCAUGUUCUUCAGGAGGAGUUGCUGGGGCGCCGAUCCUUGGGUGCGCGGAUCCUACAGCACCUUGAUCACCACCAGCGGGUUCAGCAGCGGCCUCUCCUCCAGGGCUGCUCUGAGGGCACCUCUCUACGCCGGGCGGAAAAUGGUGUUGCAAUGGGCGGGCGAGCACACUAGCGACUUCCGGGUCAGCACCGUCGACGGCGCGAUGGGCACUGGCGAGCGGGAGGCAAAGAGGCUCCUGAACACCCUACGUCUCCAGCAGGGGUUGUCAUAUGACUUAAGUAAUGACAUGUUUCCAAGAUAUGGGCAUCUGGCGCGACUGGAGGACCUAAAUGGCACCCAAAAAAUCAGCAAGGUUGUUCCGAAAGCUUACCAUUUGAAAUUACACCAGAUCUUCUUGUUGUGUCCUCUCGUCCUUCUUGUGUUCAAAAUUAUAAAGCCAUCUCUGUCCAACUUCACCCUUCCUGCAGUAUAG